AGUCAGUUAUCUAUUGACCUACUCAACCUCUGGAGUAUUCGGACAGUCCUAAUCUAUCGACGGUUUAAAGUUAUCAGAAAAAGCGUCUUCACAAGCAAAAAAUGGCGUUAAAAGCUUUAUCAAGUUUAUCAUCAGAUGAAUAUGAGAACUUCCUGAAUUCUUUCGACACUGUAUUGACAGACUGUGAUGGUGUACUCUGGGUUGAGGACGAACUCCUACAAGGUUCCCCGGAAGUAAUUAACGAGUUUAAAAGAAUGGGUAAAAAAGUGUUUUUCGUAACAAACAACAGUACGAAAACAAGAAGUGAAUUUCUCGAUAAAUUCAGAUCUCUUGGCUUCAACGCAAAAAAGGAGGAAAUAAUCAGCACUGCAUAUUUAACAGCUGAGUACUUAUCGUCCAUGAACUUCAACAAAAAAGUCUACGUGGUUGGUUCCUCAGGAAUGGCGAAGGAGUUGGAUAAUGUUGGCAUCAGACACACUGGAGUAGGGCCGGACGUCAUGACCUCAAAUCUGACAGAACUGGUGGACAACUUGAAACUGGACCCUGAGGUAGGAGCUGUGGCAGUGGGUCUCGACGUACACUUCAGUGUGCCCAAGAUGAUAAAAGCCGCCUCUUAUUUGGAAAGGAAAGGAACGAUUUUCCUCACAGCAAAUACAGAUGAGCGGUAUCCCUUAGAUGCCGAUGCUGUCAUGCCGGCCACUGGAGCAUUUGUGGCAGCUAUACAAACAUGUGCAGAGAGAAAACCUAUCAUCGUCGGCAAACCUGGUGCUUACAUUCGAAAUUACCUCGUUAACAAGCACAAGAUUGAUCCAAGCAGAACUAUCAUGAUUGGAGACAGGUGCAAUUCAGAUAUUCUUCUUGGCAAGAGAUGCGGAUUCCAGACCCUGCUGGUCUUAAGUGGUGUGACGAGUCUAAAACAAGUCAAGGUUUGGAAGGAUUCAAAGGACAAGGAUAAGAAUGAGCUUGUUCCCGAUUACUACACAAACAAACUGGGUGACCUGCUGCCCUAUGUUAAGAACACGUGGCAUUACUGAUGCUUUAUCGUGGUGAAGUAACUUGCUUUAGCUCAGGUAAAACAAUGUUCAUGUUUGGCCACUCAAUUUUAACAUGUCUUGCCGUAAAGUUUAUACUAAGUAUUUAAAUAUAAGAAUUAUGUUCCUCUUAAUAAUUAUUAAGUUAAUGAUAUUAACAUUUAGGAUAAUAUUAAUGAUAGGGAUAAGAAGACGAAUUAAUGGACAGAUUUGAAAUGAAACUACAAUAUAUCUAUAAUAAGAUUAGUUUUGAUGACCAUAAAUUUGUUUAUGAACACACAGAUGUGAAAUUUUGUAACACUUUUAUUAAUACCUAGGUACUUAACUUA